GGGGGAAACUGCAGUUACACACACCUCUGUGUCUCGGUCGCGCGUCUGCACUCCACGCGUCCAAACGAACGCGCACAAAUUUUCGCGCCAGGACAGCUGGACACUUGAAUACCACGGACUGGAGUGCGUCUCUCUCUCUGUGUAAGACUCAGAUCAAAGCCAAGCAUCAUGUCAGAACCGUUUAACUGCGAGGGCUGUAAAGAGUCUCUGUACGGCAGGAAAUACAUCCAGAUGGACGAUGUACCACACUGUAUCCCAUGUUACGACCGUCUGUACGCCAACACCUGUCACGAGUGCAAAGAGCUCAUCGGACACAACACACGGGAGCUGUUUUAUGAGGACAGGCACUAUCAUGAAAACUGUUUCUGCUGCUCACGCUGCAGACGUUCCCUGGCCGACGAGUCGUUCACCUGUCAGGAAGACGCUUUGGUGUGUAAUGACUGUUACUGCAACGAGUUCUCUUCAAAAUGUGUGGCUUGUGGCAAGACUGUGAUGCCAGGCUCUAAACGGUUAGAGUACGAGGGAAGUGCCUGGCACGAGGAAUGUUUUGUUUGCUGUGGUUGUAAGGAGCCCAUCGGUGCCCAGGCCUUCAUCCCAGAUAAGGGUGACUACUACUGUGUGCCCUGCUUCGAGGGACGAUUCGCCCCACGCUGCGCUCACUGCAAACAGGCAGUGGUUCAGGAUGGCGUUACGUACAGAGACGAGCCCUGGCAUAAAGAGUGUUUCCUGUGUACUGGUUGUAAAUGCCAGCUCGCCGGGCAGCCCUUCACCACUCAGGGGCAAGACCCGUACUGCGUCAAAUGCUUUAGCAAGCUGCAUGCCCAAAUGUGCGCCUCCUGCAACAAACCCAUCACAGGUUUUGGAGAAGGGAAGUAUGUCUCGUUUGAGGCUCGUCAGUGGCAUCAGCCGUGUUUUAAGUGUUCCAAGUGUUCAGUGUCUCUGGUCGGGGCUGGAUUCUUCCCUGAUGGAAAAAAGAUUCUCUGCAAAAGCUGCAAUGCCAAAUAACUCACAACACAUUCCUUGAUGUAUAGCAGUUGUUCAACAUACCUCUGUUUAAAGAGGCUCUAUUAUGCUUUUUGUGAUUUUACCUUUCCUUUAGCUGUUUGUGCAUGUAUACGGUCUGCAAAGUUAAAGACCAUGCCAAAGGGAGUUACACUCUCCCGCAGAAAACACUGCUCCUGAACUGCCCUGAAACGCCUGGUUUGCAGUCCAGCCAUUACUUCCGUGACUUAGCUAUGUCACCAUGUAACACAUUUGCAUAAUGCCCGCCUAAUGGUGCGUUCACAUACAACGUGGAAAACAAUUUCGCAUUGCUCGCGCGAGUUUGACCGCUGGAUUAAAUUUGUGUUUAAACUUGCGUUCAUGCGAGUAACGCGAUCCCGCGAGUAUUCCCCCUUCUCUUCCGGAAAAGGACAGGAGGAGGGGCUUCUAUGACAACUUAUCUUUCCGAUAUCAACCAUGGCCGAUAUCACAACGAUUGCUGCUCUGUAUCUGUUGUGGAAGUCCCAGAUACGUUGAUGUUGUGUCAUACAAUUCCAUGUGCCCACACACCGCUACAAUAUUUUUCUCAUCCCAUUUUUCCUGAUUUCUUCUGCAACUACGUCAGUACGUCAGUGACAUCCGGAAAAUCUCAAUGCUGAUAGGCUUUCGCAACAACACGUCAUGCAAAUUUCUCACUCGAGUUGAAAAAUUUGAACACGCGAAUGAAGUGAUUUUGCGUUAUCGCUUCGCGCCAUUCGCUUCAUUCGUGCCGCCCGCCACGAAUUCGCACCUAUUCGAAUCCAGCAUGUCCACAUGCCUCAAUGUCCUCAGAUGCUGUUGAUUUUAUUAUUGAAGUCUUCAUUUGCAUAAUUUUGCUUUUACAUUUGAGAAAUCUCCACAUACCCAAUGUUUGCAUAGUCUUCAGGCCUUUACAUUGGCUCUGGACAGCAACAUUCUUCAAUUAAAUUUACAUUUGAACAAUACACACACUGACCCAAAUGACUGUGUGAAGUCAUGCAUUCACCAAGACCAGAUAAUGCUGUUAGAAAUUGGAGGAAAAUAUUAUUGUCUGUAUUUUACACGGUACACUUGACCCACUCCAUCCACCGAGUGCACCGUUUAUCCACACAAAUGCAUCAUUUUGUUAUUUUCUCACAUUUGAAUAUAUAAAUGGUAAUUCAUUAACUGAUGACUAACAGAUUUUAGCACCUAUCUGUAUCUCACAACAAAAAGCAGAUCAAAAUGAUCAUUAAAGUCUUUUAAUUAUGAUGGAAAAUCUUGUGAGAAGCCUUUAUUUUUAUCUCACUAUUUGCCCAUUUUACCAAAUGCCAGAUUUCUGACUGAUUUUUUACCCAAAUAAGGACAUGCAUCACUAAAAGAUACUUGUGGAACAAAAUUUCCAAACAUGAUUGAAUGCCAGAAUUACACAAAAGUCUCCACUUUUGCACUUCAGCAGGAA